CGAUUUGAGCUCUUCUUUGGAAGAACUUAGAAACCACUACAAAUAAACAGCCUCUGGGGACCCGCCCAGGGGCCACCGGACAGCCUCUGGGCUGCUGAUGCUGUCCAGGCGUUGCCCAAGGGGAAAGGUUGCAGCGCGGCCGGUCAGUCGAAAGGCGCGGGAGGAGUCUGGCGGUGAUUGAUGGGGAAGGGACGAAUGAAUAAAAGUACUUGUCUGGGGACAGCAGAGAUCUUGAGCAAGCGGUGGAGGGUUUGCUCUCUGGCAUUCCCUCCGACUUUCGUCAGAGCCAGACCCGCCCGCAGCUGGAGGAGGCGUGCUCUGCUCUUCACUCUCUUGCUGGCUUGCUUAGGCUGGAACGGCUGCAGAACGAGCUGCAGCUCUGCUCCGCGGGAAGGUCUCCACUUGUCGGCCUCUGCCUGUCGCCUUACCAUCCACGAGGUCUGCAGGCUCUGAAAAACAAAAACAAAAACAAAACAAACAAACAAAAAACUGCAGGGCGCCUACCAGAGCAGGCAGCAGCAUGCAGCCAAGCUUGGGCGGACGCGUCCUGGUGGCGCUGGUUUUUGCCUGCGGGGUGGCCGAGGUCUGGGCAGAGGAAAGAGGAAUCUCGCUUGCGCCCCCCACUCCACAGCUUCUGGGGGCCAGCGAGAUCCUGACGCCACUCCCUAAGACUUCCCAGCCAAGGGAUUCCAACGCCAGCCUGCCGCAUUCCUCUGCACCUGCUGAAAUACCCAAACAACGGAGGCCAGAGAGAGUCCCACCGCGCACCCCUCCCCCAUGCCAUGGAUCCAUUGAGAUUAAGGAAACUUUCAAAUACAUCAACACUGUGGUGUCCUGCCUAGUGUUCGUUCUGGGCAUCAUCGGGAACUCCACACUUCUGAGAAUCAUCUACAAGAACAAGUGCAUGCGCAAUGGCCCCAAUAUCUUGAUCGCCAGCCUGGCUCUGGGAGACCUGCUGCACAUCAUCAUUGACAUCCCCAUCAAUGUCUACAAGUUGCUUGUAGAAGACUGGCCAUUUGGAGCUGAGAUGUGUAAGCUGGUGCCUUUCAUACAGAAGGCCUCGGUGGGCAUCACUGUGCUUAGCCUGUGUGCGCUAAGCAUUGAUAGGUAUCGAGCUGUUGCUUCUUGGAGUCGAAUUAAAGGGAUUGGAGUUCCCAAGUGGACAGCAGUAGAAAUUGUUUUAAUUUGGGUGGUUUCUGUGAUUCUGGCUGUCCCCGAAGCCAUAGGCUUUAACUUGAUUACACUUGACUACAAAGGAAACUAUCUGCGAAUCUGCAUGCUUCAGCCGACUCAAAAAAGCGCCUUCAUGCAGUUUUAUAAAACAGCUAAAGAUUGGUGGCUAUUUAGUUUCUAUUUCUGUUUACCACUGGCCAUCACUGCCCUUUUUUAUACUCUGAUGACCUGUGAAAUGUUAAGAAAGAAGAGUGGUGUGCAAAUUGCUUUAAAUGAUCACUUAAAGCAGAGACGGGAAGUGGCCAAAACUGUGUUUUGCCUGGUGCUUGUGUUUGCCCUCUGCUGGCUGCCCCUCCACCUCAGCAGGAUCUUAAAGCUUACUCUGUAUGAUGAGAACGACCCCAAUCGAUGUGAACUUCUGAGUUUUUUGUUGGUAUUGGACUACAUUGGCAUCAACAUGGCCUCCGUGAAUUCCUGCAUUAAUCCAAUUGCUCUCUAUUUGGUGAGCAAAAGAUUCAAAAACUGCUUUAAGUCAUGCUUAUGUUGCUGGUGCCAGUCAUUUGAAGAAAAGCAAUCCUUGGAGGAAAAGCAGUCCUGCCUGAAGUUCAAAGCUAAUGACCAUGGAUAUGACAACUUCCGUUCCAGUAAUAAAUACAGCUCAUCUUGAAAGAAGGAAUAACCAGAACUCACUUAAACAAAAUGAAACUCAUCC